CCAUUUAUAAUCGAUCUUAGCUCCCACUCAGCUUCAACCUCUGUCUUUACUCUCUUUGCAGACAAACCAAGAGGAAGGUUUCUCCAUCAAUGGCGAGCUCAAAUUGACCAUUGAAUCACCGAUUCUAUCCCUCUAUACAAAUCCCUUUUCCGUUAUCUUUUGAGCCCAAAGAUCAGGAAAUCAGAUAGAGUUGUAGUCACCCCCUCCCUCAUCGUGUUCCCCCAAAGUUCGAAAUCCUCAGCUUCGGAGCUCUCUCGAUCAGGUGCUUCGCGGACACCCAUACACGUAUUGUGGUGAUAUGUACUGGCGUUUGUAUACGAUUAUAGGAGAGGGAGCAGUGUAGUAAUGGAGUUUGAGUCGCGGCGGGCGCAUUAAGAAGAGAAGAAUUGGGAGCGAUUGAUCGAUCGAAAUGCGGGUGAGGGAAAUGCAUCCGCUCUGUUGCGUGUUGCUGGAGAGCGGCGCGAUCGAGGAGCAAUCGCCGGAGCCGACGGCGCGGUUGUUGAGGACCGGAUCGGCGGUCAUCGGAUCUGAGGUUUGCGGCAUAAUAGGAUCCGAGUCGGCCACGAGCGUCGCCGGCGUGCUCUACAAGUGGACCAAUUACCACACCGGGUGGAGAUCCCGGUGGUUCACUCUCCGCAACGGCAUCCUCUCCUACUCCAAAACUCGCCGCCCCGGUGUCGUCGCCGCCGACGACGGCGUCAAGCUCAUCGGCCACCUCCCCUCCAACAAUCCCGGCCAACGUAAACUCCGCAAAACCGUCCGCAUUGUCCACCUUAAGGUGUCGUCCUUCCGUGAGAGCAGGUCAGAUGACCGGAAAUUUUACAUAUUUACAGCUACAAAGACUCUACACCUAAGGACAAAUUCGAAGAAAGAGAAAGCAGCAUGGAUAGAAGCUUUGGUAUCUACAAGAAAUCUCUUUAUGCGGGGACCAGUAAAUGAUAAUAUCUCUAUUUUGCCCAGGGAUAUAUCCAUAUCAACGGAGAAACUCAAGAGCCGCCUGAUUGAUGAGGGGAUCAGUGAGGGGCUUAUUAAGGAUUGUGAGAAGAUCAUGCUCUCUGAAUUUUCAGAAGUUCAAGCCCAACUUAAAGUUCUUUCUGAGGAGCGAUCAAGUUUGUUGGACACAUUGAGACAGUUAGAGGCAGCUAAUAUUGAAGCGGAAUCCUCUGGAAUAUUGGAUGGUGAAUACCAAUUGCUAAAACAUGAAUAUUCAAAUUUAGGGCGUGGAAAGUUCGGUGAAUGGAGCACUACUGAAUCAUCUGACGAUGUUGAAAAGCAGGAGCUUGAAGAAGCAUCAGAUGAAGAGGAAACUAACUUUUUUGAUACAAAUGACUAUUUUUCAGACCCUUCCAUCAGUUGUGGGUCAAUCGUAGCAGAUAAAAUUGAUAAGUGCCUGGAGUUAGAAAAUAAGACUAGUAGUAUGAAAAAUAUUUGUUCUGAAAACGAUAAUUCAUUGUAUACACAAGUAGAGAGGAGACAGAAACUACCUGAUCCAAUUGAAAAGGAGAAGGCGGUUAGUUUAUGGUCUGUGAUUAAAGACAAUGUUGGAAAAGAUCUUACCCGAGUUUGCCUUCCUGUGUACUUUAAUGAACCAGUAUCAUCACUUCAGAAAGGUUGUGAAGACUUGGAGCACUCCUAUCUUUUAGACAGGGCAUAUGAGCAUGGCAAAGCGGGAAACAGCCUCCUAAGGAUUUUGAAUGUUGCUGCUUUUGCCGUGUCUGGAUAUGCUUCCACAGAAGGUCGGCAUUGCAAACCCUUCAACCCUUUGCUAGGAGAAACCUAUGAAGCAGAUUAUCCAGAGAAGGGAAUCCGGUUCUUCUCCGAGAAGGUUAGCCACCACCCAACACUUAUUGCCUGUCAUUGUGAAGGUAGAGGCUGGAAGUUCUGGGGUGACAGUAAUCUUAAAUCUAAGUUUUGGGGGAGAUCAAUUCAACUUGAUCCGGUUGGAACUCUUACUUUAGAAUUUGAUGAUGGGGAGAUAUUUCAGUGGAGUAAGGUCACAACAAGCAUAUAUAACCUUAUCCUUGGCAAGAUAUACUGUGACCACCAUGGAACAAUGCAUAUACAUGGUAAUCGCCAAUACUCAUGCAAACUCAAAUUCAAGGAGCAAUCUCUUCUUGAACGCAACCCCCAUCAGGUUCAUGGAUUUGUUGAAGAUAAUGCGGGCAAAAAAGUAGCUACACUAUUUGGCAAGUGGGACGAGAGCAUGUAUUAUUUAAAUGGAGAGUGGAAUAGCAAGCCCAAAGAAUUUUCUGAUGCUUCCUUAUUGUGGAAAAGCAGUCAGCCUCCCCCGAAUCUCACUCGAUACAACAUGUCCGCUUUUGCAAUUACUCUGAAUGAGUUAACACCAGGAUUGCAGGACAAGCUCCCACCUACAGAUUCAAGACUUAGACCAGAUCAGCGAUAUCUGGAGAAUGGGGAAUAUGACAAAGCAAACCAGGAGAAACAACGGUUAGAGACACGGCAGAGAUUGUCAAAGAAAUUACAAGAGACUGGUUGGAAGCCUAGAUGGUUUCAAAGAGAAGGCGAAGAUGGAACAUUCCGUUAUGUUGGUGGUUACUGGGAAGCUAGGGAGAACGGAAAAUGGGAUGGUUGCCCAAAUAUCUUUGGUCAAAUUGAUGAAAAUCUGUUAGGUUCUUUUCAAGGAUCCUGACUUUGCCUAGAGAACCAAUGAUCCGGUGAUUAAACUGAGGACAAAGAACGCCCCAAGAGGUGAUCGGAUAGUGUGGAGUAAUUAUCAAUCUUUGUGAGCGGCAAGAGAUUGUUGUCUGAGCCGAUGCAAGCUGAUCAUGAAGGGCAUCGGAAACAAUCUCUCUCCGGUGAGGAAUGGUGUUGGUUGCAAGAACAGAGUUGUCUUUAAUACAUUCCAUAUUUGCUCUAAGGCCUAGUUUUGGUAAUCUCUGUUUAUUCAUUAUAGUUUUUCAUCUUUGCCAUGCCCCCUUCCCUUUGGCAAAGCAUUAAUUUAUUUAGGUAAUUAUUUGUAUUUUCUUUUUAAAAAUAAAUGCAAUUGAUGUAUUUAACCAACAAACCAAACAUGGCUGUUGUUGUAAAGGUCUGAAAAGAUUAGAGCACAACCCAACCCCCCUUGAAAUCUAUUCAACAUAUAAGUAUAUUACAGAAAUUAACAGGAUAGUUUUAAGCU